AUGCACAAGUUCAAGACCUUGGCCAAGGCCCUGACCGGCAAGACCGUCACCGCCGGGAGGAACUCUUCCGGGCGGAUCACUUCUUUUCACCGAGGGGGUGGAUCCAAGCGAUCGCUUAGGGACAUUGACCUCAAAAGGAACACCUGCUCCGUUGGCAUUGUGGAAAGGAUUGAGUACGACCCUAACCGCUCUUCUCGGAUCGCUCUUCUCCGAUGGAUCGAAGGGGUGCCUCAAAAGGAUGCAGCAUACAAGGCCGAGCGUGCGCCUGUCAAUUACAUCAUAGCCAGCCAUCAAAUGGAACCGGGCAGCAUGGUGGUGAACAGCGACUCCUCCAAACCUUCCACGACCGGCUCCUUGAUGCGGCCUGCCCACAAUGCUGAUUCCUUCCUUCGGUUCCAAGAGCUGUUCCGCAAGGCCAGCCAAGAAGACGAAGAGGAGGGCGCUGGUGAUCAAGCAGCAAAGGAUGCGGCGGUCACCACAGCAGCGCCGCUCAUGCCUGCCGACCUACUGGACCUCAAUUCCAAGGUGGGAAACUGCAUGCCGUUGUCUGACAUCCGCAUGGGCACAUGGGUGCACAGCAUCGAGCUGCGUCAUGGCCAGGGGGCGAAGCUCGUGCGGGCCGCCGGAGCCUACGCCAAGGUGGUGAAGGAGUCGGCCACGCAGUGCCUUGUGCGGCUGCCGUCGGGCGUCGAGAAGCUGAUAGAUUCGCGGUGCCGGGCCACCAUCGGCGUCGUCUCCAACGCCACCCAUGGCGCGCGGAAGCUGAGGAAGGCGGGGCAUAGCCGGUGGCUGGGCAGGCGCCCGGUCGUCCGUGGUGUCGCGAUGAACCCGGUGGACCAUCCCCAUGGAGGAGGCGAGGGGCGCACCAAGGGUGGCAGGCCCUCGGUGUCGCCCUGGGGGAAGCCCACCAAGGCUGGGUAUCGGACCGUGCCCAAGAAGCCAAAGGCUCAGCUGUCCCGUGAUUGA